GUUUUUUUUCUGCCUCGUAUAUUCACUCUAAACUCACUACUUCACCUCUCCUACCUUUUGCCGACUUAGGCUCCUAGUCUUACAGGGCCUGCUAACCAAAGAGAAAAAUGGGGACAGACAAAAAACCCAUGCUGUACACCGACGACGACCCAGACUAUCGGAACACCAAGAUCAAAUCUAAUGUCCUGCCGCCUUCUAUGAGAACGCUGGGGCAGGCUUUUAAAAGCUUGGGCCGCUACAACAACAGCAAUAGCAGAAACUCAUCGACGGGCCCGCAGCGGAGAAACCAAUACCAGCAGCAUCAGCAUCAGCAGCAUCAGCAGCAGCAGCAGCAUCAGCAUCAGCAGCAGCAUCAGCAUCAGCAUCAGCAUCAGCAGCGUCAGCAUCAGCAGCAAAUGUACAUGCCGCCGCUACAACAUCACCAACAUCACCAACAAAAUCCCCGCCAUUACCCUUAUCAAUCCAGGCCAGCAGCAGCAGCAGGAGCAGUAGCAACAACACUGUCGCCGCCAAUGCCCAAGAUGGCACGCAUACCGUCACUGUCACCGGCACCGGCACCAUCUUCGGCCCCAGCCAGCUCCACUGUUGUGUCCGGCACCGGACCUGCAUCGCGCACCUUUGUUGUGAUCAGCAACACGCACGGGGCGAACUUUGUCGAACAAAAGUUAGCGACACUCGAGUGGUUACGGAUGAUGAGCGACCGGGAUGACGCGCGCGGACGUCGUGCAGACGCGCGAACCGUCGACGUAUCUCUCCUACAAGCCGCCGAUGGCAUCAAAGAGGAUAUGCGCAAGCAAUCCGUGUCCAAGGAACAGUUUGUUUCUGCCAGUUUGGCACUGAACCCAUAUGCUGGGCUGACACGCAGUGUGUUUGGUGGCUUGUCAGCGGUGGCGCUUGGGCAUGUGGAUUUUUUGUUGCGUGCGGUGGCAGAGUAUACGAGUAAUAAGGGGGUGCUGAGGUUUGUUGAUGUGGGGAGCUGCCAGGGGGCGUUAUCUGAGUAUAUUUUGUGGCGGGCGAGCUCGCAGAGCAAGCUGGAUACCCGCGGGUGGUAUUUUGGCAAUGGAUCGGCGACGGCCAGCAAAGUAGGCAGGCGGAUGCUUGCGGAGUGCCGGGCGGCCGAGAGGCUCGAUGAGUUUAGCGGGGCAGCAGCAGCAGCAACAGCGGGCAGUGGGGGGGUCCUGGACCCAGCCAACAUCGAUGCCUUUGUGCAGCACGUCAGGGCAUCCAACGACCAAAAGCACGUUGACCUGGUGGUCGCUGAAAACGACAGCCUUGAGCAAGGCGACCUCGCAUUAGGCCAUGAGAAACACCAGUAUGCGUAUACGAUUGCGCAGGCGAUUGUUGCGUUUCAGAUUUUGCGGCGCGGUGGGACAUUCGUGUUCAAAGUAUAUGAUACGGCGACACCGCUCAGUGUCGAACUUUUGUAUCUGAUUCACGCGUGCUUCGAGCGCAUGGCUAUUGUGCGGCCGCUGGCCAGUCGGCCGACGAGCACAGAGCGCUUUGUCGUGUGCAAUAAUCUGAAUGCUGAUCCGGCGCGGCUGGUGGCUCAUUUUACCAUGGCUUUGGGGAAGAUGCACGAUGGGUCGCUGAAGCCCUCGCAUUUGGUUAGCUGGACAAAGGUGUCUGCGGAGAGGCAGUUUAUGGGGCCGCUUGGGCGCAUCAACAACAAGAUUGCCCAGGAGCAGGUGCAGGCGCUAAAGUCAGUUGCCGCGCACAUCGGACGCCAGCAGCCUGGCGGUGGCGGCGGUGGUGCCAGCAGCGCCAACAAAAACACCUCGGCCGAGCACAUGUUGACCAGACAACAGGAGGACGUGGCCAACCUGUGCUUGAAAACAUGGGGUCUUCCGCAACUUCAACUUUAGAUGAUUUAUUUCGCGAAUACAUUUAGACAAUACAAUUCCCGAUAUUUCGAUUUAAAAAU